AUGUCUAAAUCAGCUGAAGUGUACUGUGAAUAUUUGGUGGCUCGAAAAAAUUUUAAAGCAGAAGAAGCCAGAUAUCAAAUUGUGUUAUUGAAGUUAUUCCAAACUGUUGCUUUUUCUUCAGACUACCAAGAUGCUUUUGUGACAUAUGAAAAAAUAAAAGAUGAAGGCAAUGAUGAUUUCAAAUGUCAAGUCAAAUUCAAAAUGGGGCUACAUUUACUUGCUGGGGUUGGUUGCUAUAAAAAUAUUGCAGAAGGUUGCAAGUUCAUUAUUGAAGCUGAACGUCUUGGCCUUCAUAAUGCGAAAAGAUAG